AUGCCGUCUUCUGAUACUCAUAAUCAUGAGUCCACCGACUCCUCGGGACAGAAGAAGAACAACUUUUUCAAAAAACUUCAAGGCAAGGCGUUCCAUAAGCAUCAUGACCACGAUUACAGUGACACUGAAAGCAGUGGACACUCCGAUGACUCCUCCACAUCCUCUUCAAAACAUUCCAAAUCACACAACAUCUUUAAGCAUCUGAAACAUCCUGUACAUCAUAGUUCGUCUCUAUCGGUCAACAAGCAUCAUACCGAGCCUCAUGUUUCCAAACACAAACCUUCGAAAACUAGCACCUCUUUGGGUCAUUCAUUGAUAUCUGAGUCCAAUAAAAAUAUAAAUGAAAUGUUAGGCACCUCUGGGAAUGUCAUUGCAUCCCCAAGAGACGUUCCCAUCCCCAAGCCAAGUGCUAAGCUAGGAUUACCGUCUGUUGAUGAUUACAAACCAGCUAAACCUCAAAAGUUAGAGUACAAUCCGUUUGGAGUUAAAAAUACGGGGCUCCAAUUUAGCUCAAGCUCCCAAUCAAAACGGACUAAUACUUAUGACAUGACCGAUGAUGAAUCCAACGUACUACCCUAUCCCGUUGAUAUGCCAAAUGAACAUUUGCCAGCAGAGUUCCAAUUAGAGCAUCAACUCCUGUUUGACGAAUACCAGUUCCCGAAAGAUGAUUCUGGUAAUAUUGGAACAGGGGCCUCUUCUUCUGUGAGAAAGAUACACAAAAUCAAUAAACCAAAAGAAGUUUAUGCGCUCAAGAAAUUCGUUCUGUUCAAAGACGAAACUCCUGAUGAAUUUUACGAAAGAGCUUCCAAAGAGUAUAUUAUUCACAAAAACCUUUACAACGGUCUCCACAUCGUGAAGUGUUACGCAUUGAUCCGAAUUCCGCAUCAGUCCCAUUUGACUAGAGGAUGGGGAUUUGUCCUUGAACUUUGCAAGGCUGAUCUGUUUAGUGUGAUGUCUUCUCCGAACUGGUCGUUGACUUCGACUGGAGAGAAAAUGUGCCUUUUUAAACAGGUUGCGUUUGGAAUCAAGUACAUGCACGAGUGUGAUAUUGUUCAUCGUGAUAUCAAGCCUGAAAAUGUGCUUUUGACUGCCAACGGAUGUGUCAAGCUCACAGACUUUGGUGUCUCUGACUACGGCCACCAGGUCCCAGGGGAUUUUUCUUCUGAUCUAAAACUUAGCACACAGCUUGUCGGCUCACCACCAUACCAGCCUCCUGAAGUGCAAUCGCUUCACGGAGUGCCUAUUCCAAAGAGAAUCCCAUACAAUCCGUUCAGAAUGGACCAUUGGGGGAUGGGUAUCUUGUUAUUUGUCCUAUUCUACGGUGGAAUGCCUUUCCAAGAAUGUUCAAAGAGAACAUGUGCUCAGUUCAGAGACUAUGAACAAUCCUAUUCCCAGUUUUGCUCCAAGAGUCCAAGCUUCAGAAAGAACGAUUACUCGAAAUACCCUGGCGUGGAGUCCAGGUUCGCAAAGAAGUUCCCUGAGGAAGGAAUUGCCAGAAUUGCUUGGAGGCUGGCUGACCCUCAGCCUUCUACGAGAUACACGCUGAACGACUUAUUCAAUGAUCCGGCUUUCCAGAAGGCCGAGAUGUGUGUUGAUGAAAACGAGUAUGAGUGCAACUUCUAUCACCAUCCCGAUUCCAACUUCCAUGGAAAGUUCGAAUAUGGACAUGAGAGUUCGUCCACCGUCUCCCUCGAGUCUGCGAGCUCCGGUCCGCCUUCUCAAACAAUUGUUGUGAGAAGUUCCUCAAAUGUCAGCUCUGUUGCUGCUGCGAGAUCCAAAGAAGGAACACUUCAUUCUGUUACCAAAACCAACAGCUUGCUCGACGAAAAGAAAUUAAAGAAACCCGUUGUAUCAAUGAUUGAUAUGGCGUCUGUGGCGCCAGAGAUGCCUAAACACGAAGAUUUGGAUCCUCCUAAAUCGAGCACUUCAUCGCCGUCGUUGAGUCCGUUUGGUUCUCCUUUGACAAUGCCAACGGUUCCUAAGGGUAACGGUCACUCUUUAGAUUUACAGACGGUUACCCCAAAACAGAAUUCGAUAGCUACUGAUUCAGAGACGGAGAGCGUGGUUCCAGAAAGUCAGCCUGAUCACCAGGAAAAUGGGAAGAACUCUCCUGAGCUGAAAAACGAACAAAUGUCCAGGACAGGGUCCACUGUGACGCUUGACUCGCUAUGCACCAUGGAUGGACUCCGGAGAAUUACUCUCUGUGAUAACGAAAUAUUCAAAAUCAUUCCUUCAGACGUGAUCCGGAAAUGUGGAGGAACCGUCAAAAAUCAUAAUCACUUCCAUAACAGAUGA